CAAUAACUAAAAGAGUAAGAACCCACGCACAUCCACUGAGAAAAAGAGACAGAGGACUGUAAUUGGCCCGGCAAGGCGAUUAGGGUUUUUCUUCAGCACUUCCGAUUACCGGAACCACCGUCUGCGGCCGAUCGACGACGAUGCGCCGACUUCAGCUCUCUCACCUCUCUUCUCUCUUCCGUUCUUCAUCUCUCUCACAUGGCUCUUCUUCUUCUCCUUUUCGCCCCUCCAUUUCCUCAUUCACUGGCUCGGAUGCUCGCUCUCCCAUGGCCUCCCUCCACCCUCAUCGAUCAGAUCUCACUGGAUCCGUUCAACUAGACAACCAGGUUUCAGGCUGUCUCGACCUUCCACAAGGUGAUUCUAUGGAUGUUGGACGGCAGAUUAAAGUAGGACGCGCUUGGAAAGCCUUGGGAGUUAUGGGGCGUUCGAGGGAAAAUGUCUCAGUUCCUUAUGCUGUUAAUUCUAAAUGCUAUGUACACUACGACAGCCGGAUAAAUGCUGAUACAGGGAGGAACUUCAAGUCCAUGAACUUCGUCAGGGGAAUUUUAGAGGAAGAUGGAAGGGAUUUUAUGGCCGGUUCUCCAUUUCCUAGACCACCCAAUAUGGAGUCCAAUGCUGAUAUUGUCCAUGUAAAGCUGAUGCGUAACAAUACAUUUAUCACUGUCACUGACAACAAGGGAAAUACAAAGCUUAAGGCCUCAGCUGGCCGUCUGGAAGAACUGAAAGGGGGGCCUAAGCUGUCCCGUUAUGCUGCUGAAGCAAUUGCAGAGUAUGUUGGCCGCGAGUCUAGAAAAUUGGGGUUAAAAUCAGUUGUAAUGAGGGUGAAAGGCUUUACUUACUUUAAGAAGAAAAGGCAAGCGAUCAUGAGUUGGAGAGAUGGUUUUACGGAUUCUAGGAGCGAUCAAAACCCGAUUGUCUACAUUGAAGAUACGACCAGACGCGCCCACAAUGGUUGCCGACUCCCGAAGCAACGUCGCGUCUAGAUGUAUGAUGCUGGAUCUUGCUACUGCAGCGACAAAGUGGUGACAAGGUCUUAGCUUUGAUGGAAAAUUUUCCCUGGUUAGAAAUGAUGUAGCUAGCUUGCCUUCAAGUUUUUACCCGCUGAUUGCAAUAAUGAUGACAAUUGGAUGUUUUCUACAUACUUUUAUGUAAAACAAGUGCUAUUUAGUUGGUACCGUUUGAACUUCAUUUCAAUAGAUAAAUUACAGAGACUUUUUCCCUGCAGUUGUGUACUAUCAAGAAUUGUAGACGCCCCAUUUUUCAAUCUCUUUACUUGGAAGUUUACUUUCUUCUUCUCAAUUGCA